UUCAGUCGUUCAGUCCGCGGCCUGGCUUCCUCACCAGGAGGCCGUGCGGGUCCGAAUUUUCCAUUUUCCAUCUGCCGUGAGAGACCGAUAACCGAGCAUCUGGAGAAAGAUAAACCGCGAGGGGUCACCGACGCGUUGGGAAACGCAAACGAAAUGUUCUAAUACAGUCGUUCAGAGAGACGCGAGCUAUCGACCGGUGUUAGAGACGAAGUUUCCAACUACGUGCUCGCAACCGUCGACGUUUGAGAUCUGUCGGAGUUUUCGUACGAGGAGAGAAAAAUGUUGUGGUCCGAGCCCGAGUCCGAAGAGGAAGAGGCGCUAUUAUGCAGCCCUGCUCUGAUGGCCAGGAGGGCCUCGGAGUCAUGGAUCGUCGCGCCUCCUGUGGAGGCGAUGCCCGCAGCGGCAGUGUCCCUUCAACGAAAGAAAUCACUGCCGGACGUGGCACAACCGAUUCAAUUGACAGCGACAGCACCGCUGUCAAGGGAGGAAGUCAGUGUCCUGAGCAGCAUGAGGAGAGAGGAGAUCCGCAGGCAGAUCGACGAGAGCGAAAGGCUCAGGGCCAAUCCUCUGUUGUACUUGGUCAGUCCUCAGGUUAAAGACUGGUUCUCCCAGCAACAGCUCGUGAUGCUGGUGCUGUUCAUCAACAUAUCCCUAGCCCUGAUGUUCUUCAAGCUGCUGACGUAGCAGCCAGCCGACGAUUGGGUUCACGGACUCGUUGUGGACGUGACCUGAGACCCGGGAGCGUCGCGACGCCCCGUGUCGUCACCGAAUACAAGGAUCAAAACGAUGAGAACGAGGCGGCGAUCGCGUCGCCUCGUGAGACUAAAUCAUGAAGAAGAACCGCUGAAAACGGCUUUGGAGCGAUCCGACUCCUUGGUCCCACGGUUAGUGAAUGGAAAGAAAACCAUAGGACCACGAUGUUCGUAUCGGGACAGGAAACGCGGACGAAGAUAGGAAUAAGAGAGAAUUUUUGCGAAUAUCUUGACGCGAGGACCGAGCACAAAGACUGGUGGAGGAAUCGCGGUCGAAAUUGUAUUUAGGAUCCUUCCGGAGUGAUUUGUCGACGCGGUUCCAUUUCGAAACGAAACCGGGAUCACUGACGAUGGACGAGAGAAAAGAGAAGAGCGGCUUGUUUUUUUCUCGCAAAGUGUGCCCAAACUCACGGCGGGUACACCGUAGCCUGUAUCAUACCUAUUUUUACACGGAAUAUUUUAAUAAUGUAAUAAUAAUUAAUAUUUGUACGGGCCGGUCGCGUCUCGGAAUCGAUCGGGCUCUGUAACAUGGUGCGCACACACGAGAAUUUCUCUACACUUUUCCCGUUAUUCUAUCUCGACGAUCGAAUCGCACGAGCGCGGACACCAGAACGACUUUUAUACACGAAGCUAUAAUAGAGCAGCUAGAGUAGCGUGAAAAACGAAUUAUCAUUGUCCGGUGAAAUUCUCGACGGGGAAAACGCGAAGCGAACGAUUCGAGCAGACACAUAUUAUGUAUUUUUCAAAACGUUUACCAAUCUUUCGACGUUUCGAUGUAGAUUCGUAUAAGAAGAUAUCGGGUCAGACGGAGCGCGAAGCGUGGGUGAGGGAUAAACGAGGCGGAAUUAGAGUUUCUAUACAAUUGUUACGAUUUCUACGAAUUUCAGAGUUGGACGGAAUUACAUACGUUGUUGUACGAUUAACGAUGUUAAGAUGUAUUCUCAUGUAUUAUCGAUGUGUCCAUGUAAUUGUAUGGGUGUUAUGUGGAUAUCGAUAUAAAACAACAAAUAUAAUUGUAAUCGUGCAAGAGAUCCUAUUGGGAGA